GUUCAGUCCUUAUACUCCUUGAGAAGGCUCCAGCAAAGUUCGAAAAUCUACAAUGAAGGAAAUAGUGAUUGCAAUCACAGUAGCCUUCUUGUUUGUGCUAAAAUCUGUCCUGGCAUCCACUGGAGAUCGCUCUCAAAUGUUUUAUAGCUGUCUUCAGGAUUGUUUAACCCAAAACUGUUCUGGUUCGUCUCAAGAUUCUCAAUCGUUUCUCAUACCACAGGCUCUCCAGUGGACCUGCUCCGAUGAAUGCAAAUAUUUUUGCAUGUGGCCUACUGUAAAUUGGUUUGUUGAAGCUGAAAUUGGGGUUCAGCAAUUUUAUGGAAGGUGGCCAUUUGUAAGAUUAUGGGGGAUUCAAGAACCUGCAGCGACCUUAUUCUCCAUCCUGAAUUUAGUUGGUCACGUAGUCAUGAUUAAAAGAUUCCGAAAAGAAGUUAGACCUAGUGCUCCCUUUUACCGAAUGACACAUUGUUUUUGUAUUAUUUGCUGUCAUGCUUGGCUAUGGUCCACUAUUUUCCAUAUUCGAGAUGUCCGAUUUACGGAAAUAAUGGAUUAUUUGGGUGCAUUCAGCAUGGUAUUAUUCUCAGUUUACCAUUUUCUGGUUAGAGUGUUGGCAUUUCAAUCGCGCAGCUCUCAAUAUUCAUUGUUUUUCGGAAUUGCCAUAGGAUUUUACUUUGUUUGUCAUAGUUACACCACCUUCUUUGUCAAAAUGGAUUAUGGAUAUAACAUGCUCAUCAACAUAGCCUUUGGAGCGGUCAAUAUCUUGGGAUGGUCAAUUUGGUGCUUUAAAUUUUACAAGCCAAGACCGUAUGUGAAACAGUGCGCAGCCUUCGUUGCCCUCGUUGCCUUCACGACACUGUUUGAAGUACUGGAUUUUCCGCCUUUGUUUUGGGUGCUCGAUGCUCAUGCUCUGUGGCACUUGUCAACCGCGCCGCUAGCCAUUUUGUGGUAUAAGUUUUUGAUUGACGAUUGUCAUCAUAUGGAAGGACAGAAGCUUGAUCUCGAAAAACUGGCUUAGUUUAAUAGUAAAGAAGCUGCCUGGCAUUCUUUAUUUUAAUGCAAAUGGCUUUCUUCUACUGCAGCAUAGCCACAUUCUCAAGGGGACUGACUG